GUAUCAAAUGAUACCUCUAAGGUGCUUGAAUGGUUCGUCAGCCUCACGGCGGCCACGCAAGCCUUGGAGGCUCAGGGAAUAUCCCGAAGCAGCCUACCAUUCCGUAGUAUCCUUCAACCAUUCUGCGGGUAUAUUCUCAGUAGUCUUUCCCUCGUCAAGGCUGAUCAUGUUCGCAGCUACUACGCCUUCGGGUUCACCCUCAUAAUGCCGUUCAUACUGGGUUAUUCGGUCUUCAUGCCAGGAAAUUGGGACACGACCACGUUCUUCUUUUCUUAUACUAUCAUCGGUGUUCUUCCUAUAUUAUUCAUCGUCUUGGAAGGCCCUACAUCGUACUCGGUUUCGUUAACGAUCUAUGUCCAGCUCAUUCGACCGAAAGAAGUUACUUUCUUCGAGGAGGAAAGGAAAAUCAUAGAUGACUAUGAGCGUCCUUUGUUAACGCAGAAAGCAGAAUGGACGCGUUUAAGAAAUCUCAGCACCAUUGACAAGUGCCAGAAAUUCCACGCCUUGUGUAUCACCUCCCCACAUGGUCAUCACCUACGUCAAGAAUCGAUCGAUCUCUGCACACUCUACGGCGGUCGUAGGGAACGCAUCCUCGAGGAUCCUUCUUUCCCAGCUGUGAUGGGACUCAUUCCCGUAUGUCAGCUCGAAAGGUUGAAAAUAAACAAGUAUCACUGGAGCGAAGUGAUUGUCCUUGACACGAACCUCCUUAAGGACGUUGAUGCCCUGUACACUGUAUUCAGCGGGUCUACAGAAUUUGAUCUGUCAUUCGAAGGGAUCAUAGGGGAAUCGAGCCCGUUUAUCACUAAUAUGUCCCCUCCAGCGUCGGGAGGACUACUGUCGCUUCUCAAACAAAUCUUAGAUUUACCACUUCCGUCCCUAGAACAUCUGAAUGCGGCACAUCACAGGAGCGCUAGUUAUGGCCAGGGAGAAAACAUACAGCAGUACAAGACGGUGGUAGAGACAAAGAUGGCUCCAUUGGUCGCGCGAGGAUCGUUUUCUAUUCUGAACUCGAUUGAUAUGGGACAGCUAGAGUCUCUUUGCAAAUAUGUCGUGGCGAUCGAUUGGAUUUUUCUGUAA